AACUGGGCAAUUAUUUCCCCCUACGCAAGGAGUCCUAAGUAGGUGAUAUAUCUAUCCUUACUAUUAUCACUAUUUUACUCGUCGCACUGUCGAACAACGUCAAAGAUGGCACACGGCAACGGUACUCCGCAGACGUUUAUGUGUGCUGUUGGUGGCGAGUGGCUCGCCCUUGACAAGUUCUCUCGGAACCAGAUUUCCAAAUGGCAGAAGAUCAAGGGUCGCGAUGGCGUCACUCCCGAGAAUGCUGGGCUCAUCUGCAAAGAGCAUACACAACAGGUAGCGGCACCACGAGAGAUCAAGUGCAAUGGUCCUUGUGGUCUGUGGAAACAUAGGGAUCACUUCAGCAAGACCCAGCGUAACGACCCCGAUGCAAAAUGCAUACCCUGUACUCUGUGGGUAUGCAAUUUCAACGGAGAGGAAGCCCCCCAUGGUCCCCCGAACUCUCAGCUGCUUCCCCAUGAGAUUCUGGCGCAGGCGACGGGCGUACAAAACGAGGCUCCUACCAUUGCGUCUCCCGGUUCCGCUGUUGGCAACAGACCUAGCGGAGUUCUUUCCGAUUACCAGCAGGCUCAUAUUAAUGGAGUUGAGGUUGGUGAGGUUGAUGACAUGGUGGUUCGAUCGGUCCUAACUAUGCUGCGGGGCGCCGACUCCACCAACCCACCUGCCAGUCCCGAUCAUAGGGGUCCCGCUACACCUGCCGCCUCCGACGUGAACCCCACUGAUAACGGCAAGCCUCAAUCGGUAGCCGGCUCCACCGCACCUGCCGAUGAACAUACUCCUCAGCUGUACGGCUACAGCCCAUUCGCCCCUAGUGCUAGUAAGAGUGUCGAAAAGGCCACGACCAGGGAUUCGGCGGAAGGUAGUGAAUUGCCACCCAUGGUCCCGGACAAGCAGCUCGGUAAAAAGCCCGGUAAAAAAUGGUUCAAAGGAGACACUCGUAAAGUAUUCUUUGCGCCACCGGCUUAUGCGACUCGUCCGACGGACACGGCCAAUCUUCGAGUCGUCGAAAGCGACAGUGAUAGUGAUUAAGCAAGU